GAAUAGAUGCAUUUUCCGAUAUGUGUAGGAUAAAUGUAAAUAAAAGAUGUUGUGAAAUUGUCCUCCCACUAUAUAUUUGUUUAAAAGUAUCGCCGUGACAGGAUAUCAAGGGAAAACUUAUAUGAACACCUCGACGGGAUACCAUACAUGAAAUAAUUAAGAGAUAAUAAGACCAAAUUAUAACUUAAGUUUUGAAUCAUGAAGAUAAAAUCAAUGCAGGUAGAGUUUGAUCAUCAAGAUCGAGUUUACUUGGUAGGGAGUACACUUCAAGGUGUUGUUAAAGUAAGCUUUGAAAAGCCAACCAAACUGCAAACUAUUGUGGUGCACAUCAAAGGUAAAGGUAAAACAAGCUGGGACAAAGAUGACUUAAGUCAUGAUGACAUCAAUUAUAGUGCAAAAGAAUACUACAUUGAGGAAACAGUCAAAUUAUAUGGAGAAGAUACAGGGGAGUCAGUGAAACAUCCACAAGGAGACUUUUCUUAUCCAUUUUCUGUUCAGCUUGGUGCAGAUAUGCCUUGUUCUUAUGAAGGAAAAAAAGGCUAUGUCAGAUAUUGUUGUGAAGCAGUUAUUACACGACCUUGGAAGUUUAAUGAAACAUUUAGAGAACCAUUCACUGUUAUACGUCAUCUUGACUGCAAUGAAUUUGCAGAUGCAUUGAAUCCUAUUGCAGACAGUGUUGAUCAGAAAGUUGAAGGAUUAUGUUGUUGCAAGUGUAGUGAUGAAGGAUCUAUGACGGUCAAGAUCCAAAUCAACAAAACAGCAUUUGUACCUGGAGAACCUUUGAUCUAUGAAUUCUCUGUUGACAACAGGAGUCAAAAUGUGAUCAAAAACAUUGAUUUUAUAUUACGCCAGAAUGCGACUUUUGCUGGAUUUUCAGACCGUAUGCUCUCAUCUGGGAAACCUCACUUCCACACCAAGAAAGCCAGUUUUAAAUUGUUUAAUGAAAAAGUUGAAAUACCAGUGAAUCAAUUUAAAUCAUUUAAAGGUGCUGCGACAAUACCAGCUAUUCCACCAACUGGACUAGCAGGAUGUAAUAUCAUUGAUAUUGACUAUAAUGUGAUUCUCUUUGUUGACAACAGUUUUACUCCAGCAAAGUUUAAAGGGCAAGUGUAUAUAGGAACCAUUCCAACAACUGGAGACUAUCAGACUCCAGCCCCUCCAACUACAGAUGAUAAAGCAUUAUCUUCUGACGAUAUUGGGUUGUCUCUUCAGCCAUCUGCACCUCAUGGAUUGCCACCAUCUUAUGCAGAAUGUGUUUUUGGGAAGGUUGAUCUCAAGGAAGAUGAUGACAAGCACACGACAUCAUACACUAACUGGGCCCCUGCAUACACCUACUAUGAUUGGAGCAAGACAACAAAUUAUGGAGGCUUGACACCAUCAACUGUUACCCCAGCUGCUGAUGCAUACAACCAUAUUUAGACUUGGGUAUGUUCUGGACAAGGAACAAAUUGAUAUCUGUGUUAAAGUAUUUAUCAUAGAUCAAUAAUAAACAGAUAAAUGUUUCCUAAAGAGACCUAUUGUGAUUCAUCGGGUAUAAAAUAAUUAUUUGUGCGUUAUUUGCAUGUGAUUAAAUACAAGAAUGUCAUUUGUCAACAGGACAGAAACAUAAUAUAAAAGUUAGAUAAUUAUUUUCCUUGCCGUGAUAACAUUCUGGUGAAGACUCUCAGGUUUUUUGGCAUGUCUAUUUUAUAUAACCUGGUACUAUAUCACAACACCAUACAGAUAUACAUGUAUAUAGUCCCUUCACAUGUCUGUAUAAAAAUAACCAAUUUAUAGUCAUUGAUAUAUAUUUAUUCCUUUCAUCAUACACAUUGUGACAUAUUGUGUAUUCAGAUUUUGAGUUUGAAUGCAUUUCACAGAAUUUAGUAAAGUUGCAUUGUAAGGGCUGAUUUAAAACGUAACUAAUAUGUUAACCUUGUUAUAAUCUUUAAAUUUAGAUUUCUUAAAAUUGCAUCAACAGAAUUUGUUUCAAAUAUUUUCUUAUUGCAUUUAUAUAUCUAUUUAAAUGAAUUGGAAAUAUAGGGAUCACUGUCUAAAUUGUAUUUAUAAACUUUAGAAAUGUAGGAAAAACUAAAUUGGAUAUAUUGUAUAUUAAGAUAUUUUUAUAUGACAAAAAUGUGAAAAGGCUUUUUACACUUAACAAGGGCAUUACCAUUUAGUGAUAUCUGUUCAUAUGUGUGUUUCUUUCAUUUGAUUUGUAAACCAAUUUCAACUUGUAUAUAUAAAUAUCUUUGACUUUUUAUAUUUGCUAAUCAGGAAGCUAAUGUUUUAUUUUGUUAGCUCUGCUUAGAUUUUUUCCUAUUACAUUUUGGUUUUGUAAUGAGAAAACGUUAUAACUUGCCUGCCAUCACUUACUCAAGUAGGUUGUGAGUAAGAACCCUGCACUUAGUAGAGGCAUUCUGCUCCUUUCUUAAUUGACUAUAGGGUUGUAAGGUUUCAUACCGAAGGUUAGUGAUUUAUGAGGAAAAUUUUAUGAAUUGGCUUUCUAUACUAAGGUUUGAGAGUUUGAAUCUCGCAAGUGGUAAGUGCAAUUGGAUACAAUCUUUAUUGACUAGCUACGAUUGUCAGUUUUCCUACUGUAGGUUAGUGAUUCCCUCAGGUUUUAAUUUUGUUAUCUCUGCUAAGAGCUUUUGUUUUUAAUUUUCGUUUUAUAUUGAGAAAAAGUAGUGUUUUCUUUGCUUUUGUAUAUGCAAGAGUAAUUUUAUCUUGUUAUUUUUACUCGGAUGUACAUUAUUUUUUUUUCUUUAUUGAAAAAUCUAUUAUAAAUAAUAUAUAUGCUUGUGACCAUUGGCAUUUCCUUAAAAGGUUGUCAGAUGUCAAUGUAAUUUCUGACUAAUAAUAAACAUGCAAAGCAUAUACUUCAUGGGGAUGAAGUUGCUCACUAUGUGAGAAUCAUACUAAUUUUUCUUGAUAUAGGUAACUUUAAAGUUAUUAUUAUUUUAAUGUCUACAUUUGUGUUAUUGUUGAUAUUCUUUAUUGUAACUUAUAUAUAAACAACAAAGUGCUAUUAUUGAUGUUUACAUCUUUUAUACUAUUGUAUUUUCUAAGGUGCUAUAUAUACAGAUUACACUUAUUUGCAAGUGUUACUCAAAAUGGUAUUGUUAUUUCUUUAUUAAAUGUUGUUAGAAUUUUUAAUUGGAUGCAGAUACGAAAAAAAUUGCAAGGCUACAAGGUAUGUUCUAUUUAUCUAAUUUUUGUAGAUAUUUAUUAGUGUAGCAUUGUGUAGGUCAUAUAUAGAUAUGAGGAGGAAUGCAAUGCUCAUUAAAAUAAAUAUUAAAGAUAGGAGGGUGAACUCAUCUGAAAUAAACAAAAUAAAAAAUAUACAUGCAAUAGUUUAUUUCAAAAUUAUCUUUCUUCAAUUGAUAUUGUAUUAUUUUAAUCCUGGUUUACUUCAUAAUAAUAUCAGUGGCUAAUCCAUGGUGGGUUGUGAGGGUUGGAACCCCUUAUCAAUGCAUUUGAAUGGGAAAAUAUAGUUUGAAGACACUCCCCCUUUAAAGAUGGCUGGGUUUGCACCCGAUUAUGUACCAUUACUUGCUAAAAUGACCCCAAAGAGACUGAUGUACAAUAUAGACCAAUGUCAAGUUGAUGUUUUUUUGUAAUAAAGUGCACCGUUUAACCUGGUUGACUGAGGUUAAUACGCCUAAUGGCGCCUUAAUGGUGUCAUAAAAUCAUCUGUUCUUACUGUGACAAAAUAACAUUUGUUAAUCACACCAAAUCUCCUCAUUUUUAUACUUCACAAUUUUGAAAAUAAGUUUUAACAUGAAGUCAAUUUGAACUUCAAGAUUUACUAAUUUAAGUUUUUGUAUAAAGAUGGCAGUACUUCAUUGUAGUACUGUCAAUAAUGAUUUUAUUUAUUAUAGAUGUAUUUUCUUUAGAUUUGAUAUAAACACAUUUGUUUCAUAUUGAAAACACAUUAUGAUCCUUUAUCACCUUACAAUACCUUUAAAAUGUUUUAUGAUAACUAAUUUUGCCUUUUUCUAUAAAUGAUAUAUUAGUCUCAUUAAAAAAUAUAUAAAUUUAUGUAAACUAUAUGGUUGUUGUAUGGUUUGGGUUGCACUGUAGUUUUGUGUCUCUGUAUCUUUGUUAUUUUGGAAUUUUUAGUACUAUUAUAUGUUUUGUUAUCUUUAUGAAUGACUGUAUAACCACAUUUUGAAAAUGUUAUAAGAAGGUUUUAGAAGUAAUCU